CAAGGCAAUUCCAGAAUUUGCUCAAGGUUUGCUGGCUAAGCACAUGAGUUUUCCAUUUGCGUUUGACAAGUUUUAGGUAAGUGGUACUACUAUAUUAACCACUUGUAUUGUACCCCCUCGAAAAUUGAAGUUUGGUUUUCACAAAUUUAAUCAAACCCAUACUCAAUUUAAUUCCUCCCUUACUUUUGCUGCAAGAAGCUAAGCCAUACCUUCAUUAGCAAAGCUUCUAUACCUUUGCUUUAGCGCGUGCAUAAACAAAAUGCAAGGUCGUCGAUCUAGCUAGGGUGCGCACAACUGAGAACAAAUCCGCUGCCAUGGAAAAAUCUCCACAAGCUAGUGAAAGACACCAUAGUACACUACAUUCCUCUAAUAUUCCUCCCUUAAUACCAAAAUCAUACAACCCUAAAACCAAGCACAACAAUUUAUCUUUCAACUACUCACCAAAACACUCCAUCAUCAUCUUACUCAUUUGUUUAACCAUCUUUCUUCUCUUCCAAAUCCCAUCCCUUGAAUAUCCACCGGAAAUUAAGUCAUCCAUCGUGAAAAAGGACGACGAAUCAACAACAACGGCUGAGGAGAAGCUUCGACAUGCGGUCACAUUCCUCCCAUUGAAGGACCUAAGGUACUCGAGCACGGCCCUACAAGGUCACACAUGGUUCAUGAGCUCCAUGUAUGACACACAUGACGAAGGGGAUGUACAAUACCAAAAGUUCCCUUCAAAUGAGUCUAAGGGUAGGGUCCUAUGCAUUAAGGGACAUGAUACACAUGAUGGGUCAUGGAAUUAUUAUGCACUUGCAUGGCCUAAUGCGUUACCCCAUAACGCUACCCUCAUGAAAGGCGUUACAUUUGUGUCGUAUAAUCAUUAUAAUUAUGAUAAUAUAUGGCAUGGUUUGUCCGCUGUUUUUCCGUUUGUCGCAUGGCAUAUGAAGAAUGGGUGCAAGUUACCGUCUAGGUGGGUGUUGUACCAUUGGGGUGAGCUCAGGGCUAAAAUGAGUCUUUGGCUAAGUUUAGUGUUGCAAGCCACUUUUGAUGCUCCUGUCAAUAUUGAACUGUUCGAAGGGAUCGAAGAUGAGAACCCAGUAUGUUUCGAAGAGGCAGUGGUUAUGAGGCAUAACGAGGGAGGAAUGUCAAGGCAAAGAAGGAUGGAAACAUAUGAUCUAAUAAGGUGUAAAGCUAGAAUGUUUUGUAACGUAAGUGUCGAUCGUAAGGCAGAUGAAAUCGGAAUGACUCUGUUGAUGAGGACUGGGGCUAGAUCUUUCAAAAAUGAUGCAGCUGUUAUUGACAUUUUUAAAACUGAAUGUGAUAACUUUAAAAACUGCGACUUAUUCGUAGCUUAUUCUAAUAAUCUCACCUUUUGCGAACAGGUUGAAUUGAUGAGCGCAACAGAUAUUUUGGUAUCACCUCAUGGCGCCCAAUUAACCAACAUGUUCCUAAUGGACAGGAAUAGUAGUAUUAUGGAGUUUUUUCCAAAGGGUUGGCUAAAGUUAGCUGGAGUUGGCCAAUAUGUCUACCAAUGGAUUGCAAGUUGGUCUGGUAUGAAACAUCAAGGUGCUUAUCGUGACCCUAAUGGUGAACCAUGUCCCUAUCCCGAGGACGACCGCCGGUGUAUGUCCAUCUUUAAAGGUGGUAAAAUUGGACAUAAUGAUACUUAUUUUAGAGAAUGGGCUAGAAAUGUGUUGAAUGAGGUGCAAACUAGCAAGAUUGAAGUAGCCACCACUAAUAAGGGUCCUACUACAUCGGGUUGUGCUUGUACUUUGUGAUAUCAGACAUGCAUCCUUGUGAGAGUUACUAGCGCGCAACUCCAAUAACUUUGAUAGAAUUGGUAUAUCCUCUGUUUAGACCACGAGCUACAAAUAUUAUCUUUAUACCAAUGAGAUGAUCAUGUGGUGUUAUAUAUGUAGGAUGUACGGUUCUGUAUCAAGUUCAAAAAAAUCAAAGAUUUUUUAGAGCAUGUGUAAAAUAGUUGAAACUUCAAAGUCAUUUAUUUACUCAUAUUUUAUCCUUAGUUUGUCCAUGAAUCUAUCUGA